AUGUCUCCAGCAAUAUCUGUCGGACAUGCUGCGCAAAUAAGCCUCCUGGCCAUUCUCUUCUACGCGGGGUGGACAAUAACUUACAACCGCUACCUCCACCCACUGAGGAGUUACCGAGGCCCCCUCCUCUCAACCAUCUCUCGAAUCCCAUACAUAAUUGCCUACACGCAGGGCCGCCUCCAUCUCUAUGUGCACGCCCUCCACGACCGAUACGGCGAUGUCGUUCGCAUCGCCCCUGACGAGCUGAGCUAUCCCUGGAAGGACAUCUACGUCCGCUCGAGCAAUUUCGCCAAGGACAUGCGCUUCUACCAGUCGUCCAAGAAAGCGGCGAGUAUUGUUGUUGCCCCUGAGGUUAUCCAUCGCCGGCAGAAGAAGGCUAUUCUGCGUGCGUUCUCGGACUCGGCUCUGAGAGAUCAUGAACGGGUUCUGCUGCCUUAUGUCGAUGUUCUGAUUGAGAAGUUGGGGGCAGCGGAGCUGUUCGGGAAGCCACUUGGGUGCCUUGAAGAAGCGAGCUAUCAUCCGUGGGUGGAAGUGCUCUUUGGGACGGUCAAGGCUUGGGCGUUUCUUGCCAUCCCGACGUUCUUUUCGUCUGCUGCCAUGCUACUUAAGCCUCUCGUGCUCUUCCUAUGUCGGGACUCGUUGGGGCAUCGCGAUACGAAGUAUCGUGCUCUCUCCGGGCAUAUACCCAAAGGGGACGAGCAGAAGAAACCGGUCUUCAUGGCUCAUGUUCAGAGCAGCAGCGGCAAUAACCCUGAAACGGUCUUACUGCAGGAUGAAAUGCUACCAAACUACAGCUUUUUGAUGAUGGCCGGGAGCGAAACGACCGCUACAUUGUUGUCCGGAUGCACAUUCUACCUCCUAAAGCACCCACAUUCAUACCAACGGCUUACCUCAGAAGUGCGACAAUGCUUUUCAGCGCCCACUGAGAUAGUCCUUUCAUCGCUAGCAGUGCUUCCAUAUCUUCACAGUGUCAUUACAGAGACAUUGCGGCUGUAUCCUCCAGUGCCACUGGGCAUGCCGCGUACAACCCCGGCGGGUGGCGCGAUGAUAUCCGGCCGAUAUGUUCCGGAAAAGACAACUGUCAGCGUUCCGUCAUGGGUUACCUCCCGAUCCCCAUCAAAAUUCUCCAGCCCAGACCAAUUCAUUCCAGAGCGAUGGCUGGACGAUCCACCGUGCCUGAACGAUAAUAAGGCCGCUAUGCAGCCUUUCUCUCUAGGUCUUAGAGGCUGUCCUGGCAAGAGCAUGGCGUACAUGGAAGCCGGGCUCAUCCUUGCGCGAAUCCUGUGGAGCUUUGAUCUGCAGUUUCGCCAGGGUGUCAUAGGUGGGAUGAUCAUCGGGCGUUUCUAA